AUGGCUGGGAAACAGACAAAGACAGCAAAGCGCUCUGUGAAGCAGAAUGGAAAGAGAGAAGUCACCUCAGAAGUUUUUCAGGACUCGCAAGCAAGGAAUCAAUUGAUAAAUUCUCCUAAGCUUCAAGAAAAGUCCAAAACUAGGAAGCUAAGUAAAGUCAAAGUUAGCAAAGAGCAGGCACGCGCAAGGCUGUAUGGUUCGAAGAAUAAGGCGGCAAAAACUUACUCUGAGAAGGAUCUUGAUCUGCCGACCCUCAACCGAGCAAUUAUUCCAGGUGUCAAGAUAAAGCGCGGCAAGAAAGGUAAGAAGUUCAUUGGUGACCACGAUUCACUAAUGUAUAACCGUUUAAUUAGUACCAUCGGAGACAAGGACGACGAACUUACCGAAAGUAAGCUCGAAAAGGCAAGGAGACUUGAAGAAAUUAGGGAACUCAAGAGGCAAGAAAUCGAACGGAAGGAAGAGGCCAAAAAAGACAAGUUAGACGCCAAGGUGGAUGAAAUAAAAAAGAAGGCUUCUGUUGCUAGAACGGUUCGCAGGAAGAAUAGACGGUCUGAAGAAGUUGAAAAUGUUCGUCUAUCUCAAGACAAGAAGCCCAAGAAAAAGUCUGUCAGUUUUGCUUGA